AUGAACAAGCUACGGAACAGCUCCACACGGAGCUUGCGACUUAUUCGCCAAACAAGACAGGCGUCGACACUAAACCAGAACUCCAACGCAGCACCCUCCAUCUUCCGCAAAUACCGCGGCAUCAUACUAUGGACGUCCAUUGGCCUGGCAGUAGGUGGCACAACGGGCACUAUGGCCUCGCACACAAUCGCUCCUCCACCGCAUCCUCUACCAGGAACUCACGAAGACGGCAUCCUCAUGCAAGACCUCAACACACGCAUCGACUCCGAGUUCAAAGUCAAGGUACUGCGAGGAAAGUGCACUGCCGUAGCGGUAAGCUUGCGCGGCGACGAAGGCGUCUGGCGCGAAUUGGAUCCCAGAACUUUGGACGGCUCGCUCGUAAAAGACUCGUUAGCCGGUGCUCGUUCGCUGGGCGUCCAACGCGUAUUCUGGAAUGAGAAAGAGCAUGAAUUGGUUGCCGUGGUCUGGUUUGGAGGUGCCAUGUCUGGCUGGCCUGGCGUUACACAUGGCGGUGGCAUCGCGACUGUUCUCGCCGACAAAAUGACAUUGGCCGCUCGUCUUGCAAAAGGCAUUGCCCCUGCUCAGGACUCUUCUCACGGUCCCUCGGAGCCGACGCGUCUGGAUCUGACCUACAAGAAGCCUACAUAUGCUAAUGCCUUUUACGUCGUGCGUGCAGUGUCCAGGUAUGGCGCUUUCGAGACUUCGUCGCCCAACAGCAUCGAGGUUGAUGCUCAGCUCGAGACUCUGGAUGGCAUAGUUUGUGUGCAGGUCAAGGGCGCUGUUCCUGUUUCCGAGGGAGAGAGUGCCAUCAAGUCUUCCAUCAAGAGCUUGACUCCUGCCAAGUCGUGGCUAGGCUGGACCUCUCGCUCAGACACAUGA